CGCCUUAACGGAUAUGGCGUAGGGUGCGCCUUUAGCCUUUUAUACGCCAUUUCCCCCCUUUUCUCUUUCCCCUAAACAAUCUCGCUUAGUAAAUGUUUCUCAUAACUAAAUAUAUAUCUCAGCAAUUCCAGGGUGUAUAAACUAGGGAUAACAAAGCUAAUAAACAAAACAAAUUGUAAAAUGAAGAAGAAAUAAAUUUGUUGAAAUGGAAAUUGCCCAGGUUGUUGAGGAUUACAUAGACAGUUUGAGUGACACGUCUGCCCACAGUCUAGAUGGCAUAGCCACCAAGCUGCUGGAACUUGAUGUGAUAUCACAAGAGGAUCAUGGGAAAUUUACAAAUGCAACUGAUAGUGAAAAACUGGAACUUUUAGUAUCCACCUUGAUAACGAAAGGCACUCACUUCACGUCAUUAGUACGGAAAAUAACGGAUUUACAGGGAAAAUGGAACUCGGGGCAAAACAGACAACUAGCGACAACUAGUGGGGCGAGAGGAGAGAGGCGCAUCCUACCAUCAUCAGCCGACGUGUCGGAAGACUGGACACUCAAAGUGUUUCUAAUGAAAAUAUCUCAAAGUAUUGAUACAGAGGAGUUCGAGCUAAUGAAGGACCUAAUUGGUGGAGAACUCGGAUUUAAAACGGCCACUCUAGAGAAGCUAACUACACCCAUGAAGAUGUUCAAGCACAUGUUGACAACGCGAAAAAUCAGCAUAUACAACACUAUCUACUUACAAAGCGUCCUAUGGCAUCUUCAGAGAAAAGAUCUCAUGCAAGAAUUUAUUUCGUUUUCUGUUGAGAGUCAAAAACGUGUAGUCUAUUUCUACACUCCAAGAGAUACACCAGAAAAUGGCUACAAGUACUUAAAGUUUUAUAUCGGUGGAGAUAUAACCAGACUGACGGUCAAAGAAUUGGAACAACUCAGAGUGCAAGUGUCGACAACUCUGUGUGUGCCACUCAAGUUUGUGUAUCUCGAUGGCAUUGAGCCUUCUAACAGUAUUCUGUUGACCUUCAUGGUACCCGACAACAGCAUUGAAAUAUUCAUUAGUUUUGCUGGACAUAAUCAAGAUUGCAUGGAAGAAUUUGGAUUGUUUGUGGAAAUAAGACACGACGUUCUUAUUCUUAGAGAAAAUUGCUCAAAAGAAGACCAGAAGACAUCAACACAAACAUCAAUGGAAGAGCAUCUAAAAGAGUUGCUACACAAAGAACAGAAAUUAAAGGAAGAACUAAACGACCAGGCCGAACAACUGCUUGAUCUGCAAGAGAUUGAGAGUGAUCGCGAAGUCAGUAACGCAGUCGUCAAACGAAACCAGGAGACAUUGGUGCAAGAGGUGGAGAUGUACAGACGAAUGUUCCACAAGGCGCUCGAUGUAGUAGAUCAUUUAAAUAUAACGGGCGAAGUGGUCAAGAAUGGACAUCGUGUGACGACUGCGUCUAGGUUGGAAAUACAAAGCUGUUUGACCCUUCACACAUCCUUGCUGGCCAGAGCCAAGGAAACCAGAAUGGAUUUGAUGCUAUUGUCAGAAAUCCUCGAUGUUAAUUCCACCCUAUCUGCCAUGCAAGAGAAGCAGAAGUUUGUGGACACAUUGAAAGAAUUCAGAUCGAUUAUUCAAACGCUGGAAGGCAGAACAAAUCGCUUUCAAUUUGAAAAUUAUUUCAUAACAGCCAGCACAUUGAUAACUGGGAUGCCUGUCAAUGCACUGCAAGCUUUUCUGAUUAAACAAGAACAAACUCGUCUUCAGACGAAUCAGACAGUUCAGCUCAAUGUCAACGUACCCGUUUUACAGGCUACUAAUAUUGCACCAGUAAACUAUCCUUUCAUGACAGCUGUGCCUUCAUUACAUCCAUGGCAUACGCAAAUUCUAAAAGCUAUGACAGAGGAUCUAAAUCAAAGAGAUUGCAACAGACUGCGUAAAAUUCUAAAACUGAAUGAGACAGAAAAACAAAUUCUGGAUAGCCAGAGUUUUCGACUUUUGGAAAUUGCACUCAUGCGAGAGUUACAAGCUGGAAAGGAAAAUCAACCAUUAGAAAAUAUAUUGGGCUCGAUACUUGGAAAAAUACAGAGAAAAGAUCUACUAGUAAAGUAUUUUCCAAAACCAAGCCAAGAAGAUGCUAUCAAGAAACCCAGCAAAGAAAAACGAUCCACUUCAGAGUCACGUAUGGUCGCUAAAUGAUGGAGCAAAAUAAACUGUUUGGAUUUGGGACUGAUAUAGUGAAUUAGAUGUGGAUAGGGCUUCAUACAUACAUGCAUACAUACACAUACGUACACACAUACAUACACACAUACAGACAUACACACACACAGACACACAUACAUACACACAUACAUACAUACAUACAUACAUACAUACAUACAUACAUA